CCCUGGCUUGCAGAUUAAACCAGCUGUCAAGCCAGGGUGAAGGAUCCGUGGCCAGGCAGAGGUCUGUGGAGUGGAAAGGCAAGGCCUCACGAUGGAACUCUGAGAUGUAAGUUCCAACAAAUUGGUUCACAAAGGUAGGGGAUAAACACGCUGGCCCACGCUGGGCAAGCAUGGCACCACCUCGCAGGCACUGUCUCCUGAUCAGCGCUCUGGGCGUCUUUGCACUUAACUGCUUCACCAAAGGUCAGAAGAACAGCACGCUCAUCUUCACAAAGGAAAACACCAUUCGGAACUGCAGCUGUUCUGUGGACAUCCGGGAUUGUGACUACAGUUUGGCCAACCUGAUGUGCAGCUGUAAAACCGUCCUGCCCCUUGCGGUGGGGCGAACCAGCUACAAUAGCCAUCUGACCAUCUGGUUCACGGACACAUCUGCGCUGGGCCGCCUGCUGAACUUCACCCUGGUCCAAGACCUGAAGCUUUCCCUGUGCAGCGCCAACACCCUCCCCACUGAAUACCUGGCUAUCUGUGGUCUGCAGAGGCUGCGCAUCAACAUGGAGGCCAAGCAUCCCUUCCCAGAGCAGAGCCUACUCAUCCAUAGGGCUGGGGACAGUGACUCCAGAGAGAAGCCCAUGUGGUUACACAAAGGCUGGCAGCCAUGUAUGUAUAUCUCAUUCUUAGAUAUGGCUCUUUUCAACAGGGACUCAUCCUUAAAAUCAUAUAGUAUUGAAAACGUUACCAGCAUUGCCAACAACUUUCCUGACUUUUCUUAUUUUAAAACCUUCCCAAUGCCAAGCCACAAAAGCUAUGUUGUCACAUUUAUUUACUAACAUAAUAACUGUGUCCAGCUGCCUGGAACUUUGGCAAACGAUGGAUAAUUUGCAGAAGGAAUCUGGAAAUAAGGCCAUGAGACAGGUAUCCCUACCCACAACUGUAGCCCUCUCUGCAGGCUCCAUUUGCAACACAGCCACACAUACCAAUAACCAGCUCUCUGUUCUGCUGUGUGCUCAACUGCCAGAGCACUUUUGAAAAACAAAAGAAAAAGAAACCCGAAAAC